AUGGAAGAAAUCCAUCAAGAAAUGCAGCUACUCUCUUUCACCGCCCCUCCACCACCACCACCACCACCACCACCACCAUCAGACCUUCGGUUCGAAAACUUUCACGGCCCAUCACUCGACCUCCAACUCUCCAUCAGCCUCAGUACUCCUAUCCAAGAUAAUAAUAAUUAUAACAACAAAAACAACAAUAUCGACAAUGAUAAUUAUCGUGAGAUCGAAACCCUGAAAUGGGAGGCUGCGCAGCAAAUACGGCUGGCGGCAGUCGAGAGAGCAUACGCUGAGCGCAUGAUGGAGAUGGCAAGGAAAGAGAUGGAGACGGCCCGUUCUGAGUUCGCAAGGGCCCGAAGCCUUUGGGAGAGGGCCCGGGAUGAGGUCGACAAGGCCCAGAGGAUGAAGGAGAGGGCUUUUCGGGUUUCCAAGGAUUCCAUGUGCAUGGAGGUCACUUGUUGUUGCUGUAGCCAGAAAUUUAGGCCUUAA